AUGGUUAUAAUGAAUCUAGCUGAUUGUUUCAAACAAAAUGGCCUAGAUGCGGCCCUGGCCGGGCCAUUUGCCGACGACUGGCAGGUGUGCGCCGAAAAUCUUGGUGAAGCCUACACCCAAGCGAUUACCGAGCCUGAUAAUUUUGCCUACGCCGCGCGCACCGAUCUAGCUGAUUUUCUCGACCUGUUGGGCGCCAAGCUAGGCUAUCUAAUCAUGAACAAUCUGGAAACUGUGCCAGAUCAUUCCGACGCCGAGCAGGCGUACAACGAUUGGGUAAACGAUAGACGGGUUGCCGUAAUAGAAAUGGCCAAGUUCAUUAGAAAAACGGUUACCGGCACUCCCGGUGCCGACUCCGGGCACCAUUUGGAUGGCUUAAAAGUGGCCAUAACUAAGUCAAUGAACAUUAUGGCCCAGACCUUUAGAGCUAUUACCGAGAAUAAUGAGCCCCGGGUGCAAUUGUGCAUCGGUAAUUGGCUAGAUGAUUUUUCAAACAAAAUCAAACAGGCCAUUGAUGCGCAAAUCGCCGUGCGCAAAAAUGGUGCCGAUACUUUACCAGAUGAGUAUAAGUACCUUGAUGCAUUGUGCGCUGAAUGGUCCAAGUACAAUUAA